UGUGUGUCUGUCUGUCUUUCUGUGUGUAAGUCUGUGUGUGUGCUGGGACACAUGUAUGAUGUCAUGCGUCUCCAUGGUAACCCUGUGUUGUUAGUAACUGUGUUGGUAGAAACAGUCAGUCAUGGAGAAGCAGAGGGAUCGAACCUGCGACCUGUACAGGACGGAUCCAAACCUGCCGCACCGCUUCAACCACCCCGAGUGUUUCCAUGGUUACAGGGAGAAGGCCGAUCACCCAUUGUACCGGACAUCCAACCAGACGUACGGCAGCAAGGGACCAACUGUUCAUGAAAUACAGACUCAGUUUAAAGGGAGCUCCCGUCAGUUCUCGGAGGCGAUGCUGCAGAGCGGGAUGUACCGAGAUCAUGGUUUCAACACGUCCGUGGAGAGCAGCAGAGUGACCGUUCCCACGGCAACUCAACACCACAGAGACAACCUCAAUUUUUGCAAUCACUAUGGAAACCAAAACAAUGACAAGUAGACAUUUGAAAUCCAAAACGUUUUGUGCAACAAAAAUAAGAAUAAAGCAAUGAAUCUGAAAUCUG